AGAGUGACAGCGUCUCGGCGGCGGCGUUUUCGGGACUCCUCUCCUCUCUCCCGUUUUUCUCCUGUAUUUGUUGCUCUCAGGGAGAAGAUGCCGAGCAAGAAAAAGAAAUACAACGCCCGUUUUCCGCCUGCUCGGAUAAAGAAAAUCAUGCAGACAGAUGAAGAAAUUGUUUAAAAAAUUGGAAAAGUCGCUGCUGCUGUGCCUGUUAUCAUUUCUCGUGCACUGGAGCUGUUCCUGGAGUCCCUGCUGAAGAAGGCUUGUCAGGUCACGCAGUCUCGAAGCGCCAAGACCAUGACCACAUCGCACUUGAAACAAUGCAUUGAACUUGAACAGCAGUUUGACUUUCUGAAAGAUCUGGUGGCUGCAGUUCCAGACAUGCAGGGAGAGGCGGAAGACAAUCACACGGAAGGAGAAAGGGUUCCGCGAAGGGGUCGGAAACCAGGAAGCAGUCGGAAGAACGGAGGCACUGCCAUGAAAGGAAAGGACAAGAAGCAAUCGGAGACAGAUUCCGAUCAGGAGGAUGAUUCUGAGGACACAGAAACUGAUGGGGAGGAAGAUAUGUGCAUCACCCCUACCACCCCUGCCAACCAAUCACAUGUCACAUUUCAGAGUACUCCGCCCCUCCAUUCUCCCUUCGUUUCCAAUCUGCUGCUGCCCCGUCCGCCAUGCCAGCACCGUUGGCCCGCAGCUGCAAGUAAAGAUGAAGAUGACGAUUAUGACUCGUAG